CGAGAAGACUUUCAACCAGGAAACCAUCUCUACAAAUCUGCCUGGUGUUAUGUUAAUCUCCUCAAGCCCAGCAUCGAUACUCAUUCGGUGUUUUGAUUCAAAACUUCGAUGUAAGAUCAAUUACGUGCUAGUCAAGGAUGGAUCAUGCAAAAAACUCAAACCAAGGCAACUUGAAUAUGUCUGUCGAAACAGCUACAGCGUUUUUGCCGCAAAAGUGUUGUCACCCAGAGUACCAACCUCCUCUGACUGGAUAAGAACGUUUUUACAAAGCUGCAGCUCUGUCAACAAUGCCAACCAAUGUAGAAUUUUUCAUUUAGUGCGCGAUCCGCGAGCUGUGGCUUAUUCUUUAAAGACUGUGCACUUUUUUAGGAGGAAAAAAGACCAACAACGUGAAUUUUCGUGGUUUGUGAAGAAAAUGUGUCGUCAAAUGGAGUUAGACCUCAGCGGUAUUUCGACCCUUAAAACUUUAUUACCCAAUGGAUACCGGUUGAUUCGGUUCGAAGACCUCGCUGGGAAUCCCUUUUCAAUGGUGAGCGAGCUUUACAAGUUUGUCGGCAUGGAAAUGUCGGAUGAAGUCAAACAAUGGCUGUACGAGGCGACAAAAGCUGGCAAUGCCCACAAAGGAGCCUACGAAACCAUUCGCGACCCAAAGGAAGUUCUUGAGAAAUGGAGAAAGAAAAUGAGUCCUGCACAAGUGAAAAUUGUUGAGGACCAUUGUGCAAGAGUCAUAAUACAACUGAAUUAUUCACUGACUUAGAAGUGUAUAUAUGUCCUUAGCCAGCUGUGAUAUUUACUGGCACGACGCAGACACCCAGAGCUGUACCGAAGGGCGCCCCGUCUGAUUCAACACGGGGAAUGGUGUUGUCUAACGGCUCUUGAAGACUCCUACGGCUAUUUGUAACAUUUGAG